AUGCAGGGCUCGACCGCCAAGAAGACUUUUCAAACAACGAUCAAUCCUAAAGAGGGUAGAAGACUCGAAGACAUACUAGACCGUUAUCCUCCAGGUUACAACAGCGAGGGCGGGUCUGGUUUCUCUGGCAUGAGCAGCCCCGAAACAAAAAGUCCCAGUGCUUCGGAACUAGAAAGUGAUAAGCGAAAAGGGAAGGGAAAAGCCAAGGCUACUCAUUCAAGCCCGAAUUAUCGUGCACAUGAAUCUUCUCCUUCAGAAAAUGAAUACCAUCCAGGCGAUUUUCUCACGGAAGAGGCGGAUCGUACUGAGCGACGAGAGCAAGCCCGGAUUGCGGAAAGGAAUCAAGAAGCAGCACGCAUGCACAUGGAAGAGAAUCGAAUUCGAAUGGGAGCUGCACGACACCAGCCGUACAUACAAAGCAACUUGCAGCCUCAACAACCACCUAUUACGAAUGACCAAGAAUACUAUGAUAUGAUGAACCAAGAUUUCACUACCCACCACUGGGCAGUCGAUCGCUCUAAGAACGACGAGAUUUAUACUGAACCUCAACCCCCAGACACUAGCGAGCAGUCUUCAACGCUCCGUUCUGGCAAAACGGUGGCUGCAGGAAAGCAACGGGCAGCAAAGACAAACAACAGUGCAAUUCCUAGGGAAAGAAAAAAUACCAAAGAGGGUAAUAGAGUGCAGUAUCUUCAAAGAAUGGCCGAUGAUAUUGCUAAUCAGAAUACAUGGGCGCACUCAGACGACAAGGAAAGCUUUGUAAGAUCUUACGUGGAGGAGGCAAUUAAAGAGGAGGAUAAUCAAAAGGGCACGACGGCUAAUGGCCGGAGGAUCCCCUGGAAGCAAGAAAAUCAUGAUCGGAUUUUGGAUCGACUCAGGAGACGACCUGGAUUAAGAAUGAAUCCAAACAAUUUUGUAUCGAUCACAGUCGAUUACCGCGGUCAUCGGACAGGUUAUGCAACUCGUCCAGUUAAAGUCGCCAACCCCAACAAUCAUCCGACGGUAAAAACAUAUCCACCAGGUUACGACAGCCCGGGUAGUUCCAAUCCCCCAAGCACUCCACCCAUCACCAAGAGCCCGAGUAGUUCCAAGAACCCGGGUAGUUCCAAUCCCCCAAGCACUCCAUCCAUUACUAAGAGCCUACCACUACCAACACGCGGACUAUCUCCGAGCGACGACCGAGAAUAUUGGGCUAAAAAUCCCACCCCCCACUCGUGGGCACUUAAUCGUCCCAACAACGAUGAUCUGUCCGCAGUAUCCAGCCCUAAGAGUCCUAGGGAGCAGUCUCCAGCACCCCGUUCUAGCGGCACUUCACCCCAUGUUGCAAAUCAGUCCCCCACCAAUCGCGGCACUGGGAACGAACAACGUAGUCGUGCCACGUCGAAAACAAGCUCCAAGGGAUCCAGUGACGGCAGUGCUUUUAUGGCUGAUGUUUUUGACUUCUCGGCGGCGUCAACGCAUACGCCACCUCGUUCAACGGGUGCGCCUCAGCCCAUCCCAGCCUCGCAUGCCCAGCAUGUAGGCCCCUCAACCCACACCACUGUAGGAAAGGCUCCAACUACUGCAGGAAAGGCUCCGACUACUGCAGGAAAGACUACUACUACUGCAGGAAAGACUCCUGCAAGCCAGAAGACGGUUGCUGCGUCGAAGCGUCCAACCGAAAGUUCUGCAUCGAGUUCCAGCGUAAAGGAAGACAAGGGUAAGAAAUCUCUCAAAAGUACUGCAUCAAGCUCCGGCCCAAAGGAAGAUAAGGGUAAGAAACCUAAGAAGAAGUAA